AGUUUUUCUUGUUGCGAUUUCAGUGAAACUCUGUUAUAGGCGACAAACCAUUAAAUGAUCGUUUUUUCUUUUUAAUUGAUAUUAUUUCAGUUAGAGUGUUUUAAAGUUACUAGUCCGUUGGGUGUUUUGUGGUAUUGAAAGGGUUGGAUGAAAACGCUUCGAAAAAACACCUCUAUCCCUAGUGCGAGAAAAGCAUACUUCACUUCGCUCCUUUUACCGGAAAAUUGACUUUUAAUCUCCGAACGAAACAAAUAAUCAUCUGCUUCCCAAACGACAAAGUAGCAACACGUAGAAUCGCUGCUGGUCGGGGCUAAUUAAAAACAAUUGACGAAAGAGAAAGACCUGUAAAGAGAGGGUCGUAGGGCGAAGCAAAUCGGAGCAACAGAGAAAGAAAUAGUCGGACACAUUAUUAGAAAAACAUAGGGCUGAAGAGAAAGAAUGUAAAGGAUGGCAAUAUAGCGCGCACUUUUCCAAAGGCUUACCACAGUAACGCGUGAUUUUUCAUCACAUUUUCAACGCGUCCGGUCGAGCUCGGUGGUCAUUUGUUUCCUCCCAACUUACAACUCCAUCUCUCUCGGCGCUUUUAAAAAUCGCGCUAUAAUCAUCCGGUUUUAAAGUUUUUUCCAUGCGAAACGCGGAGUGAUAACAGAACAGUAACGGUAAAUAUCAGCUGUGUUUUGACUAGUAAUAUUUAACAAGCGGGCUCUAUUAAAGAAUGUGUUUGAAAAAUUAGUUAAUAUUUAAAAUUAAGCUAAACAUAACCUAUUCCAAUAAAUUAGAUUUACAGUUAAAAGAAUCAGUUAUUAUGUACAGGCAAUUAAAACCAUUCUUUAAUAUGUAAUUUCAUGUAGAACUUAGAAGUGAUCCUAAGACUUUAAAGUUAGUAAAAAAAAUGCUUAAAUUUCAAUCAUAUCAGUGAAAGACCAUAAGCUAACCAUAUCAAUUUAAUUAAUACAAAAUAAUGAUAAUUAAAUUCUGAACAAACCAAAAGUGAAAAUGCACUUGGCAAGUGAGGUAAGCUCCACAACAGGUCAUUACGACCGAGGAUAUGGUGCGCUCACCGCUGAUAUGUUAGCCGAAAGGACCAUAGAUGGACUACUAGCUGAGCAUCCUGGUGAAUUAGUAAGAACAGGAAGUCCCCAUGUAGUUUGUACGGUGUUGCCUCCUCACUGGAGGUCCAAUAAGACAUUACCGGUGGCUUUUAAGGUGGUCGCCUUAGGCGAAGUUGGGGACGGGACAGUGGUUUCUGUGCGAGCUGGAAAUGAUGAAAAUUACUGCGCAGAGUUAAGAAACGCUACUGCGAUUAUGAAAAAUCAAGUGGCGAAGUUUAAUGACCUGCGGUUUGUUGGAAGAAGUGGCAGAGGAAAAAGCUUUACGCUUACAAUAAUCGUAUCUACCUCGCCUCCUCAAGUUGCCACCUAUAACAAAGCCAUUAAAGUUACUGUAGAUGGGCCCAGAGAGCCAAGAUCGAAAACCAGGCAGGCCGGAUUUCAUCACUUUCCAUUUGGACCAAGACCUUUCCAUCCUGAUCCUUUAACAGGCAGUUUACCUUUUAAAUUAAGCGGGAUAGCCCACCACUUAGCGGGUCUACCAGGUCACCCACAUGAGUGGCCCUUUUUAGGCGGAAGGCAUGGAUAUCCUCACGGACCACUUAUAUCUCAUCACCACCAUCCACAGUCUCACUUUUCUCCUCACAUGUUUGCUGCACUGGACCGUCCCCUCGAUACAUCUCCUAGAAUAGAAAGAGAGGCAUCAUCUGCAUCACUAGGACCUAUAUCAAUCAACUGUAACUCUGCACAUAGCACCACAUCACCGAAAACUUCUCCAACACCUGUCGGACUGCUAACGACGGCAGACAGCUCUAAAUCGGCCAAUGAAGAUGACAUAUCAGUUACCGCAUCACCAACCCCUAGUCCACGACCUCCGGCAGCAUUUACGGGAAUACUUUCCACCACUGGUUCAUCUCAGAAUAGCCAGCAGCAGAUGUUUAAUAGCGCUUUGGCAGCAAGUUUGUUUUUAAAUGCUCCCUUACUACCACCUCCCAGUCAAUGGUUAUACGGGCAAUUCUACCAAAAUGAGUGGAAUUGGAUGAACAGCCUUAGGCAUCCUGGGUUGGUGUCUUCAAUAUUGUCCCCACCUGAUGAUAGUAUGUCUCAAAACCCUGAUAGUUCCAGUGAUAAAGUUGAUGUAACUGAGUUAGACGAGGAUAGGGAUAAGGAUGAAGAGUCUAGUAUAGUUGAUAAGGACUCAACAAAGUCUGUUGAAGGUGUGAAUCUAAGUGUUAAAGUAAGAAAGGCAGCGGUAACUUUAAUAAGGCAACGAGACGAAGUAGGCGUGAGCAAUAAUAAAGACUUAAGUAAGAGUGGACGAAGUGAAGUAGUUAGAAAUUCAGAUGUAUGGCGACCAUAUUAAAACAUUCCUAAAUAAAUAUCCUAAUACUUUGAAAAUAUCACACAAUUUUCUAUGUUUUUUGUUGGUAUAUUUAUAAGUUAAA